GCUUCCGUGCAUUCACAUCAAUUACUGCUCUUUCUCACUCCUCUCUCUACAAUUGCAAAGCUAAAGUCUUGUUCUAGAAUCUGUUUGUGUUCUUCGAUCUGAAUUCUUGGUGUUUCAUUGGCUUCAAUAUAUAAUCUUGGUUCAGUCACUGUUUGUUGUAGUGGGUGUUGGUUAUCCAGUGGCUAAGUGAAACAUUAUGCGGUGGUUUUUUACUCUUUCUAUAGACGUAUAUCGGAAAAUUAUCUCCCUCAACCUCUACUGCAAAGUUAUUCUCUAAAUUAUUCUUCCAAUAAUCAAUUAGCUUCCUUCAAAUUUUUCACCUUUGUUAUUUAUUUACUCUACUUAAUAUCCAUGGGAUCCACUGUUUUCAUUGUUAUGCCCUGCUACGUCAGGCAGAUUAGCUGAACUAACGAUCUCUGUUUGUAAUCUUUUUUUUACAAAUCACCCAACCAUUUACUCUUCUUUGCUUAUUGGUCCUCCCUCUAGCUUAGUUUAUUGGAUAUCUUUUUCUCCAUAGUUCUGGGUUUCUGCUGAAAAAUCAUUGUCCUCUGUAAGAUCGAGUUUUUGCUGUUAUUUUUUUCUUUGACAAAUUGAACGUAGUUAUGGUGUGUCAAGCUGCUGGCAAAACAAAUUUUCGGACAUUGAAACACGAAAAUGGGAUUGCUGGGAGUGCUGCCAUUGUAGUUAGAGUUAUAGCAUGCUUUCAACCUCUUGAAGAUUGCCAGGCUGAAUAUUUUCGUCAUUUGCUCAAACCUGUAACGUAGAUUUAGAUUUUGCACCUCGUUUUCAAGAUUAAGCUGGAGUUUUUGUUUGUUUUAUUCUUUUGUUACUACUCAAAGAAACAAGUGAAUAGCCACUGUUACUACCACCACAGAAAUCCUUGGGGUGAUUGUUUUAAUUGAAUGGGUGAAGACCGGGGAUCCUGGUUUCCUCGGCAUCAAUUUGAUUGGCUGCAACCCAAUUCCAAUUGCUUGGGCAAGCCAUUUGACGCGGCGGAUCAUCAUACGCUUCCUGCGCUUAUGAAUCCUGCCAGUAACAUGGUUUCGAUGAAAGGGGCUUUGCCUGCAUAUCCAUCCCCUGAGCCACCUUACUCACAUGUUGAACAAGUGAAUGAACCUCAUGGUUGGUUUUACUGUUUGCCUCGUUUCCGUCAGGCUUUCACGCCUGCUUUAAACUCUGGUCUAAUGGAGAAGUUUAGUACUACCCUUUGCGAAAAUGAUAAGAAGGCCAGCACGCCCAAGGUAGAGUCUGGGUGUUCUCAGAAGAGAUUCCUUAUUUUCGACCAGUCAGGUGAUCAGGCGACUUUGAUCUUUAGUUCUGGGAUUGGGGCUCCAGUUCCGUGUGUAACUUCAUUGGGUCCAAAACCAAUUGCUGCCUAUGAUUCAAAAAGGGAAAAUUUGGGAACUCAUGAAAAUCUGAAUAUUAACUCGGGGACAGUUACUGUGGACCAAUUCGGUCAACAUGAUGAAGAUGAUUUGGAAAAUGAUGCGCACGAGGACACAGAUGAAUUGAAUGCCCUACUUUACUCUGAUGAUGAUAGCGAUUUCACUGAUGAUGAUGAUGUUACGAGCACAGGUCAUUCACCAAGUACCAUGACAGAUCACAACAAUCAAGGCUGGUUUAAUGGAAUCGCAGAAGAGGUGGCCAGUUCUAAUGGCUUGCCUAAGAAGAGAAAAGUGUUAGACGGAGGUUACACCGAAACACCAGCUCUAAGGGACACUGCUAGUUCUAUGAAGCCAAUCCAAAGUCACAGAUUCGAGCAUGAUGCUGAAUCUAUAUGUGAUGCCGGGACUGCCCAGGAAUCUGAAUUGAGCAACAAAAGGAUAAGAAAAGAGAAGAUUCGGGAGACGGUAAACAUUCUGCAGAACAUAAUUCCAUGUGGAGAAGGAAAAGAUGCAAUUGCGGUUAUUGACGAAGCUAUAAGUUACUUGAAGACAUUGAAGGUGAAAGCCAAAGCUUUAGGACUACAUGCAGAAUUAGAACGACAUGAUAGCGGAAUUAAACCUCCUCCAUCAUCUUAGUCACAAUUGGGUUUGAAUUAUAAAAAUUAUGCAGCAAUAAAGGUAGUAAAAUGAUUAAACCGGGGCUUAGGGCCUAGAGAAAGCAGUAGCACUUGAAGUUGAACUUGACUUGAGCGUGAGGUGAAUGAGAGGACAGUUUAUCAUAAAGGGACCCGGCUGAAUGCACGCUGCUUCGGGUCCCUCUGUCAUUUCAUAUUUUCUUGCAUAUUAUUUGAUGGCCGAUGAGUCAUUUUGAAACGUAUUAAGUGACUUUGCAGUAUUGUUUGUUUGGUUGUAAUUUAUAUUUGGUUGGUUGUAUUGUUGUCAUUAUGCAUAUGUACAUACGUAGCAUGCACAUAUUUAUUACUACUAGGACAGCGAUGUUCUCGCGUGUGCGUGUGAUA